GUAAAUUCAAAUCACAUGACUUUACACGUCCGGAAGUACUGCACGCAAAUGUUUUGGAAGAUCUUAUAGUUAGCCUGCGCUAACUAAAUACAAAAAUGAGCCUAAGCCUGGAUAUAAGGCUUAAGCGAGCGAAUAAAGUAUACCACGAGGGGGAAGCUCUGACGGGUGUCGUGGUGAUCGUCAGCAAGGAGGCCGUCCAGCACCAAGGCAUCUCUCUCACCAUGGAGGGUUUAGUCAACCUGCAGCUCAGCUCCAAGAGCGUGGGCGUCUUUGAGGCCUUCUACAACUCCGUCAAGCCCAUCCAGCUCAUCAGCAGCAACAUCGAGGUGGUGAAGCCAGGAAAGAUUCCCGGGGGCAAGACUGAGAUCCCCUUUGAGUUUCCCCUACAUGUCAAGGGCAACAAAGUGCUCUACGAAACGUACCAUGGGGUUUUUGUCAACAUUCAGUACACUCUGCGCUGUGAUAUGAAGCGGUCGCUCUUGGCCAAAGACCUGACCAAGACAUGUGAGUUCAUGGUUCAUUGUCAGCCACAAAACGGGAAGCUCCAGCCUAGUCCGGUCGACUUCACCAUCACCCCCGAAACUCUGCAGAACGUUAGAGAGAGGACUGCUCUGCCCAAGUUUAUGAUCCGGGGUCGGCUGGACGCAACCAGCUGCAUCAUAACGCAGCCCCUGACAGGCGAGCUAACUGUGGAGAUGUCGGAGGUGCCCAUCAAGAGCAUUGAGCUGCAGCUGGUGCGGGUGGAGACCUGUGGCUGUGCAGAGGGUUACGCCAGGGACGCCACAGAGAUCCAGAACAUUCAGAUCGCCGAGGGAGCCGUCUGCCACAGCCUCCCAAUCCCCAUAUACAUGGUCUUUCCCAGGCUCUUCACCUGUCCCACGCUGGAAACCACAAACUUCAAAGUUGAAUUUGAAGUGAACGUCGUCAUAGUCCUGCACGAUGACCACCUGAUCACGGAGAACUUUCCUCUGAAACUGUGCCGGGUCUGAACCAGAUCCUGGACCUAUGGAUUCCCGAAUGGCACUUCUGGGACGGACUUUAACACCUGUGAAAUUCAGGACUAGAGUGGCCAAGCCGUAAAAAAAAAAAAAAAAAAAAAAAA